AUGAGAGCGUGCGCCCUCCUUGCGGGUGGGCUUCCGUACCCCCGGCUCUGCGCCCCCACGCGGUGGGCUCCGGCCCGGCCCGGGGUCUCCAGGGCCCUGCCCUGGCCCCGACCUCGGCUCCGGCUCUUGCUGCUGCUGCUGCUCCGGCCGCCCUCCGUCCUCUCCGCCGUCUUCACAGUGGGGGUGCUGGGCCCCUGGGCCUGCGACCCCAUCUUCGCCCGCGCCCGCCCGGACCUGGCCGCAGCCGCCGCCGCCCGCCUGCACCGCGCCCCGGCCGUGGAAGGCAGCCCCCGCUUCGAGGUCACGCUGCUGCCCGAGCCAUGCCGGACGCCGGGCUCCCUGGGGGCGGUGUCCUCCGCGCUGGGCCGCGUCUCGGGCCUCGUGGGACCUGUGAACCCCGCAGCCUGCCGGCCGGCCGAGCUCCUGGCCCAAGAGGCGGGGGUGGCGCUGGUGCCCUGGGGCUGCCCCGGGACGCGGGCGGCGGGCACGACGGCCCCCGCCGGGACGCCCGCGGCGGACGCCCUCUACGUCCUCCUCCGCGCGUUCCGCUGGGCGCGCGUGGCCCUGGUCACCGCGCCCCAGGACCUGUGGGUGGAGGCGGGACGCGCGCUGUCCGCCGCCCUCAGGGCCCGCGGUCUGCCCGUGGCCCUGGUGACCACCAUGGAACCCUCGGACCUGUCCGGAGCCCGGGAGGCCCUGAGGAGGGUCCAGCAUGGGCCCAGAGUCAGUGCAGUGAUCAUGGUGAUGCACUCGGUGCUGCUGGGCGGCGAGGAGCAGCGCUGCUUGCUGCAGGCUGCGGAAGAGCUGGGCCUGGCCGACGGCUCCCUGGUCUUCCUGCCCUUCGACACGCUCCACUAUGCGUUGUCCCCGGGCCCGGAGGCCUUGGCGGCGCUCGCCAACAGCUCACAGCUUCGUAGGGCCCACGAUGCAGUGCUCACCCUCACGCGUCACUGUCCCCCGGGAGGCAGCGUGAUGGACAGCCUGCGCAGGGCCCAGGAGCGCCAGGAACUGCCCUCUGACCUCAAUCUGGAGCAGGUGUCCCCACUCUUCGGCACCAUCUACGACGCGGUCUUCCUGCUGGCGGGCGGCGUGGCCCGGGCACGGGCGGCCGCAGGGGGCGGCUGGGUGUCCGGAGCGGCGGUGGCCCGCCACAUGCAGGACUCCCGGGUGCCCGGCUUCUGCGGGGCACUGGGGGGAGCCGAGGAGCCCCCGUUCGUGCUGCUGGACACGGAUGCGGCGGGGGACCGCUUCUUCGCCACAUACGUGCUGGACCCCACCCGGGGCUCCCUCCACUCCGCUGGGACCCCUGUGCAUUUCCCUAGAGGGGGAGGAGCACCUGGGCCCGACCCCUCGUGCUGGUUCGAGCCAGACAGCAUCUGCAACGGAGGCGUGGAGCCCGGCCUCGUCUUCACCGGCUUCCUCCUGGUGGUUGGCAUGGGGCUGAUGGGGGCCUUCCUGGCCCAUUACGUGAGGCAUCGGCUGCUUCACAUCCAAAUGGUCUCUGGCCCCAACAAGAUCAUCCUGACUCUGGACGACAUCACCUUUCUCCACCCACAAGGGGGCAGUGCAAGAAAGGUGGUCCAGGGGAGCCGAUCGAGUCUGGCCGCCCGCAGCACGUCAGACGUCCGCAGCGUCCCCAGCCAGCCGUCGGACGGUGGCAACAUUGGCCUCUAUGAGGGAGACUGGGUUUGGCUGAAGAAAUUCCCAGGGAGUCAGCACAUAGCCAUCCGCCCAGCGACCAAGACAGCCUUCUCCAAGCUCCGGGAGCUCCGGCACGAGAACGUGGCCCUCUACCUGGGGCUCUUCCUUGGCGGGGGUGAGGGGGGCUCGGCGGCCGCGGGGGAAGGCAUGCUGGCUGUGGUCUCAGAGCACUGCACCCGGGGCUCCCUCCACGACCUCCUCGCGCAGAGGGACAUCAAGCUGGACUGGAUGUUCAAGUCCUCCCUCCUGCUGGACCUCAUCAAGGGAAUGAGGUAUCUGCACCAUCGAGGCGUGGCCCACGGGCGACUGAAGUCACGGAACUGCGUGGUGGACGGGAGGUUCGUGCUUAAAGUCACGGACCACGGCCACGGGCGACUGCUGGAAGCGCAGAAAGUGUUGGCGGAGCCUCCCAGCGCCGAGGACCAGCUAUGGACAGCCCCGGAGCUGCUUCGGGACCCGGCCCUGGAGCGCAGGGGGACGCUGGCCGGCGACGUCUUCAGCCUGGGCAUCAUCAUGCAGGAGGUCGUGUGUCGCAGCUCCCCCUACGCCAUGCUGGAGCUGAGUGCCCGGGAAGUGGUGCAGAGGGUGCGGAGCCCCCCUCCGCUGUGUCGGCCCUCCGUGUCCGUGGACCAGGCGCCCGCGGAGUGCAUCCAGCUGAUGAAGCAGUGCUGGGCGGAGCAGCCCGACCUCCGGCCCUCUUUGGACCGCACCUUCGACCAGUUCAAAAGCAUCAACAAGGGCCGGAAAACCAACAUCAUCGAUUCGAUGCUGAGGAUGCUGGAGCAGUACUCCAGUAACCUGGAGGGCCUGAUCCGGGAGCGCACGGAGGAGCUGGAGCUGGAGAAGCGGAAGACCGACCGGCUGCUCACGCAGAUGCUGCCUCCUUCUGUGGCCGAGGCCCUGAAGAUGGGGACACCUGUGGAGCCCGAGUAUUUUGAGGAGGUGACGCUGUACUUCAGCGACAUCGUGGGCUUCACCACCAUCUCCGCCAUGAGCGAGCCCAUCGAGGUGGUCGAUCUGCUCAACGACCUCUACACGCUCUUCGACGCCAUCAUCGGCUCCCACGACGUCUACAAGGUAGAGACGAUUGGGGACGCCUACAUGGUGGCUUCGGGGCUGCCCCAGCGGAACGGGCAGCGACACGCCGCCGAGAUCGCCAACAUGGCUCUGGACAUCCUCAGCGCCGUGGGCUCCUUCCGAAUGCGCCACAUGCCUGAGGUGCCAGUGCGCAUCCGCAUCGGCCUGCACUCGGGCCCGUGCGUGGCGGGCGUGGUGGGCCUCACCAUGCCGCGGUACUGCCUGUUUGGGGACACGGUCAACACCGCCUCGCGCAUGGAGUCCACCGGGCUGCCUUACCGUAUCCACGUGAACAUGAGCACCGUGCGGAUUCUCCGCGCUCUGGACGAGGGCUUCCAGACGGAGGUGCGAGGCCGCACGGAGCUGAAGGGCAAGGGCGCCGAAGACACAUACUGGCUGGUGGGCAGACGCGGCUUCAACAAGCCCAUCCCCAAACCGCCGGACCUGCAACCGGGGGCCAGCAACCACGGCAUCAGCCUGCAGGAGAUCCCCCUCGAUCGGCGCCAGAAGCUGGAGAAGGCGAGGCCCGGCCAGUUCUCGGGAAAGUGAGGCCCAGCUGGCACAGGUGGUGCCCCUCUGCUCCCAAGCCCAGCUGCCAGUCUCUCCUCCGACUCCGGGGUGGGAGGUUGCCCACCUCUGGGAGAUGCUUUCUGGGGAACAGGCACCUCUUCCCCAGCCUUAGGGCCUAGCCCUGCCUGCUGAACUUCCCACCUGCUGACAUGGAUAUCCCCAUCCCUGUCUGACAGAGUUAGCCCAGGCUCAUUCUUAAAUCCAGGGAUUUUCCCUGGGAGGGAAGAUCAGCUGCGAGGAUUCUAGUUCAGUGGGUCUGGAGUGAUCCAGGAAUCCAGACUUGAGAACCCCUGUACACAUGACCUGAGACCUCUCCUCUGAUCCCCCACUGCAUUAACCAGGCCUCCCUGCCAGGUUGCACAGGUUGUGCACUGCACAAGAGACAGAACUCUAGAGAACACCAUUCAGCAGAGGACACGAUGAAUGUUGUUCUCUAGAGUUCUGUUAGGGCAGAAGCCCUGCCCUCUACCUUCCUUGAGGAAACUUUGAUCCAUAACCCUCCCCUUCUAGGUGAACCACCCCCCCAUGACCCCUUUCCACGAUUUCCCUCUGACACAUUCCUCUUUCUCUCAGGAGUAUUCUGGAAGGUCCUUUUCCUGAAAGUUGCUGCUAUAGGUGACCAAAAGUCUGGCUAAUACCAGUGGCUUCUAGCCAGCUCUGCCUCAAAGGAUUCUGGGCCUUUACAGGAGCUGGUUGCAAACCCGCUGUGUGACCUCGAGAAAGUCUCAUGUGCUCUCUGGGCUUGGGUUCCCCCUCCAUGGUGAAAUAAGGAGUGGCCUAGGUGGUUUCCACACUUCCUUGCUCUGAUCCCUAAGCGUCAUUGUGGUUGGCCUAGGGAUAUGGGCCACUGGGCUUGCAGUCUCCACUCCCAGUGACUGAGGCCAUCAAGAGAGGUUGGGGUGGGGAUUCUCCACUUUCCAGGGCCUCCCAAGGUCCCAGAAAGGAGGGUCUGGGACCCUCCCAACCCCAGAGGUGGGUGGAGGGGACCUCCUGUUCCUCCAGAGAAGGGUUGUCUCGUGGCCUGAGGGUUAGCUUCUGUUCACCUUCCAGCAUCCCUCCCUUCAUCCCUCCCCUGCCCACCAGUCAGAAACCGGUUCCUCCCGCGGGCACAACCGUGACUUGCCCAAGUGCAGAAAAAUGCUGGCUUUAAGGCUUUGGGGAAAGGAAGGGAAACAGGCUGCACCACAUCUUUACUAACCAGAACAUGCAAGGAAUCUAGUAUUCCCUGCUUCACUGGGCACCGCUGAGCAGGCCGGUGGGACCGAACAUCCUAUGCUCUCUGCUUGGAUCUUUCCAACAAGUAUCAACCACCAGCCCUCCCUGACGGGCCAGCUGAAGUUGCUUUUGUGGAACCGUGAUGGCUGCAGACCCCGGCAGAAGUUAGUGGCAGGCGCCCAGAAUGCCAUCUUAGGUAGUGAGCAUCCCGUCCCCGGAGGUGAGCAAGCAGCAACAUCAUGGGCCGGGGACAUAGCAGUCAGAGAGAACGUCUGGGUGGAAGGAUGAACUAAAUCCUGGCAGCGCAGACCGGAGUCGGUGGGCCAGUAGCAGCCCCAGGACCUGGGUGCUUGUUAGAAAUGCUGUUCUAGUCUCUGGGGCCCAGACCGGAAGCGAACCAGCAAGGGCAUUUUAACGAGCGCCCUCCCAGUGUUUCUGUGCACUUGAACGUUGGCCAAUCGUGUCACUACGUGAUCCUAAGAAUCUCUAAGAUUUCAUAGAAUCCCGCCGCUAGACUUGCUUUGCUUGGGCUCUGGGGUAGUUUCGGUUUGAGCUAACAUUUAGAAAUGUUAGGGCUUCGCUCUUCCGUUCUGUGGUCCCCGCCCCUCCCCCAGGCUCCAAGACACUUAGAUUUUCCGGACGCCUCUUGAUUUUCUGGACGCCCUUCCUUAUGGUCUGGUGCCUGUGGGCACCUGAGCCGAGGCCUCCCAGAGCAGCUGCUGAUGGGAUUCCUGGAGCUCCUGGAGACGGUUUGGCCUGGCUUCUGAAAUCCAUAAGCUCCAUGGUCCUCCCACCCCUUCCUGAAGGUUGAGAACGAAUGUGUACGAAAGCACCUGUAGCUUCUGGUUACUUGAGGUGGUGUUGCUAGAGCGAGGAAUUUAGCGCGAUUUUGAAAACAUUUUUAACAGAGUUUGGAGAUGAUGAGUUAAAGAUAUUUUUUUAAAACCCUGAUAUGCGCAUGUGCGUGCACACACAGUAUUUUAAAAAUUAUAUACAUUCUUAAAUAUCUCUCCAGAU